AUAAUAGGUUCUCUCGAGCCUUCGCCGCCAAGAGCCCGAUACCCGCCGUCCUCCCUGCUCCUGCUGCCGCGUGCCCCUCUCCGGCCACCCGCCGCCGGCGCAGUGUCCAUGAACUAGCACCUCUUUCUUCGCCCGGUACCCAUUCAGUUCGUCCGCCUCCUUCUCUUCGAGUUUGGGUGCCCAUGGAGACCAGCAGUGCGCCCGCCGCCGCCACCGAGGCCGGCUGGUACGUGCUUGGACCGAACCAGGAGGGCGUCGGACCCUACGCGCUUGCUGAGCUUCGAGGUGGCUGUUUCCUUCACUCUCCUAGCAAUUCAACGCGUUUCAAGUUCUGAGUUUUCUCUCCGAGGUCGGCCUUAGGGUUCGGUCUGUUCUGAAAAUCAAGCAUCCUGCCGAUUUUAUUCUGGUUUUCUCUGAAGUUUAAUUGCCGGCUAGGUUAUCUCGCCGAGAAGAACAUUUCGCAAACGGUUAUUUCAAUGAGAGCACAAUGCUCUGGGCAGAAGGGAGGAAGGAAUGGAUGCCACUCUCGUCCAUCUCUGAGCUACACUCCGCAGUCGCAGCGAAGGAUCAAUCUGAACAAGAUGCUCCAGAUGUUGAUGAUGAUUUUGAGAAAUUUCAGAAGGAGGUUAUCGAAGCCGAGACAGAGGUGAAGGCCUUGAAAGGCAAUGAUGUGGACCAGCAAGAUGAUGAGCGGCCAGCAACCCCCCCUGAUGGAGAGGAAGAAUUUACUGAUGAUGAUGGCACCAUUUACAAAUGGGACCGUACUUUGAGGGCAUGGGUUCCUCAAAAUGAUGCAUCUGGUAGCAAGGAAGAUUACGCUGUUGAAGAGAUGACUUUUGCAGUUGAGGAGGAAAUAUUUCAGGCACCCGAUAUCCUGGGUCCUGCAUUAGAAGAAAUCAACAAUCUACCUGAAAGCAAAAAUAAAGGAUCAGAUAAAGCAGAAAUGAGAGGAGACAAAAAGCGGAAAUCUUAUGAGAAUCCAGCUGAGAAAAAGGAAGCUAACAAACCUCCGGACAGUUGGUUUGAUCUCAAAGUAAACACACAUGUCUAUGUAACUGGUUUGCCUGAUGAUGUCACAGUGGAGGAGAUUGUGGAGGUAUUUUCCAAGUGCGGAAUAAUAAAGGAGGACCCAGAGACUAAAAAGCCACGAGUGAAGAUUUAUACUGAUAGAGAAACCGGCAGGAAGAAGGGUGAUGCCUUGGUGACAUAUUUCAAGGAGCCUUCUGUAGCUUUAGCGGUUCAAUUGUUGGAUGGGACACCAUUCCGUCCUGGUGGUAAGACUCAUAUGUCUGUAAGUCCAGCCAAAUUUGAGCAGAAAGGUGAUGUUUUCGUUUCAAAGAAAACUGACAAGCAAAAGAAGAGGAAGAUAAAGAAGGUUGAGGACAAAAUGCUUGGAUGGGGUGGGCAUGACGAUAAGAAGCUGAUGAUUCCUGCUACAGUAAUUUUAAGGCACAUGUUCACUCCUGCUGAGCUGAGAGCUGAUGAAGAGCUUCUUCCUGAGCUUGAGGCUGAUGUUAGAGAGGAAUGCAUCAAGUUUGGUCCGGUGGAUAAUGUCAAGGUUUGUGAAAAUCAUCCACAAGGUGUCAUAUUGGUGAGAUUCAAAGACAGGAAAGAUGGUGCCAAAUGCAUAGAGAAGAUGAACGGCAGAUGGUUUGCUGGACGGCAAAUCCAUGCGAGCGAAGACGAUGGCUCUGUUAACCAUGCUCUUAUCCGUGAUUACGACGCGGAGGUGUCAAGGCUGGAUCGAUUUGGACAAGAGCUAGAAGAGUCCACAUAGAGUGUAUAUAUACACACACACACCAGGGAUUAGAGUAGGUGUGUUACCUCAUUCAUAGGUAGGUUCGCCUGAUUGAACAUGAGAAAGAAGUUAUUGGAUACACCUGCUAAUAAGAGUAGUGACCGGCUUGCAGAGCUGGUGAUAUCAUCACUAGCGAAGUAGCAGCACACUGCUUUCUCAAAUGUGUUGUUUAAUGAAUGAGAAGCUCAUAUCGAUACUAUUAACCUCGGCUCCCUAUGAAAGUACAGUGGGCAUUUCUAUCUGAAAUGUGGGAAUUUUUAUAUGCAUUACUGGCUUGUU